UUCUAGGUUAGAUUAGAAGAGUUGUGUCCGAUGUCCGAUCGUGUCCUGUCCAUGCCGUGGAGUUCAUCACGCUUUAAAUUUUAUUCUCGUAGGAAGAGUGUUUUCUGCUGUGCGUUCUUAUUUGUUCGAAAUGCGAGUCGUUAGUUCUCUUUCGAGUCAUUCAGCGUUACACUCCUCCCUUCGUUGCAGUGGAGAACCUUGAAUACUGUCUCGCCCCGCAUAACGAAUCGAUAUCACGUGAAGGUUCUCUUAUCUAUCAUCGAGCGCCAACCUGCCUUUUCAUGAAUGAACAGUCUUAUUCUGUCAUUACUAAUUUCGUAUCGCAAGUACUCCCGCGCUCUGCACAUGAUGUGCAACGUGAAAUAUUCGGAAGUGUGAGCAUAACGUGAAUCUUUCCCGUUCAAAUUAGUGUUGUGAGGUGCAAACUUCAGUGUAGAAACGUGCUGUGCUCAUAAGAAUGUUACAAUGACUUGGAUUACAUGUUACUGCUCCUGAUCACGACAAAUUUCCUCUUCCACAUGUCGUUGGUCGAUGCCCGAAGCUGCUUCUUUCCGGGCGAAGGAGAGAAGAAAUUCUACAUAUGCACAAAGAAUGAGUAUUGCUGCUCAUUUGGCUGUUGUCUCUCGCCAUCAUUUCAGUUUUAUCAGUUAUGGUACUACUGGUUGAUGGUCAUUCUCAUGUUCCUGCUCUGCUCUGGAGGAGGCUGGUGGUACCGCUAUUGGCUCCACGAGCGGUACCCCUCGGAGUUCGCCAGCUCACUCCACGCGCAUCGAGCCGGUAGACCCUGUCCCAGGCCCUAUCGACCAGCCCGCAUUACAUAUCAUCCAGCUCGGGAAACCAUCAUUCUGCACCACGUUUGGAAAGGUCCGGACGACGUUCUGGUCGGAGGAGCCACGCGGGUGCGGUCUCCGCCGUCGUACCAGCAGAGCGACGGCGCCCGGGUCAUCACCAACGGGGUGCCCAUCUCCUCGCCGUACCAUCAGAUCUACGGGCCGCCGCCCAGCUACGACUCGGUCGUCGCCGGUGCCAGCGCCUCCGUCCACGGCGACUCCACACAGACCCCCCACAUCUCGGACAUUCCCCACCUGCACAACUCCGUCUCAAGAAUCCUGUCCGGUCUCGUCGCCAGCGGCAGCACCGUCCAGUUCUACGAGCCACCGCCCUCCGCAGACGCCGCCGGAACCACCCUCUACAUCCCCCAAUCCGAAUUCGGGUGCCCUAGUAGUAGCAAUACUCCUGCAACGGUAUCUGGAUUCAGGUGCGCCUCUGGUAGCAAUCGCUCAGUAACGUUUCCCGAAUCAUCCGGAUCGGGGUGUCCGAGCAGUAGUAAUAGCUCUGCAACAAUGCCUGGAACAUCUGGAUUAGGGUGUCCUAGCAGUAGUAAUAGCUCUGCAACAAUGCCCGGAUCAUCCGGAUUAGGAUGUCCCAGCAGUAGCAGUAGCUCUGCAACAAUGCCCGGAUCAUCCGGAUUAGGGUGUCCCAGCAGUAGCAGUAGCUCUGCAACAAUGCCCGGGUCAUCCGGAUUAGGGUGUCCUAGCAGCAGCAGUAGCUCUGGAACAAUGCCCGAAUUCGGAUUGGUUUGCCCUAGUAGUAGCAAUCGCUCUGCAAAGAAUCAUUCUGCUUCGUUGCCAGGUAGCACAAUCAAAUGCGAAGUCUCUAACAGUAUCUCCAAAUCAGGAUCGAACUGUCAAAAUCCCGAUAGUUUUAAUUUAGUUGUAAGGUCUGCGCGUGAUGUUGCGUCAACAUCCGCUCCCAGCACUGCAGGCGGGAGUCAGAAUCCCAGUCACUCGUGCUGUGAAACAAAGUGCCAUAAAAAACAAACUAGUCCCUACAAAGCGAAUAGGUAUUUAUGUAAUUUUAACAGCUUCAAACGCAUAUCAUCCGACCAUAGUGAGGGCAGCAGUCCAUCGUCGCACAGUAGAAGCACUGCCGAAUCGUCCAGUCAUAAGCCCGAGGAUGUAUCUGGCCCUGUCACCUCGCAGUGUGAUGAACAGCGUGAGCUUACCAUUCCGACUUCUUUGGAUUCCCAUAGUUCGACAUCUUACGAGGAUGGUAUAGGUACAGCGGAGACCGGACUGUCUUAUCUGAGUGAAAGUCAAGGCCCUUCCAAGUCAGGAAGCAACGUUAGGUCAUGAAAUUUGAUAGGUAGUUUGGAUUUUAAAUCACGCACAAACGUUUGAGCAAGGUGCUAGUCAGUUUUAAACCACAACAUAUGGUAAUAUCAGAUGAGACUGAUUGUGAGAGGAAUCAAGUCAAAAAGAGUUCGGAUUUCUUUCGAGGAAGUACGUUAAAAAUGCUCUCUAAAGAGUGUCAUGGUAAGAUGCGCACAAAUAGAAUUUUUUCUCCUGCCAAUAAGGCUGUAAAUGGCGACCGUUUUGAGCCACAGCACGACUGUAGAUUAAACCUAAUAGAUUUUACGACUGAGGAAAAGGCAAUCGCCUGCUCCUGUUAUUUGACAUUCAUGACGAUGAAAAUCGGUAUUUAAAGUACCCUGAUAACUCUGAAAAAAUUAUAAAUGGAAAAUUUUUGAGCAAAAUAUUUGAAAUCGAAAAGGUAUUUUUUUUUUUUUUUUCAAAAUAUUUUGCAAUUUCCUCGCAUGUUUAUGUUACUUCUGUUAAAAUAUUGUAAAAUAUCUUGAAAAUUACAAAAACCUCCUUGAAAGAAAAUAAUUAAGAAUAAAAUACCUACCCCGAAAAUAUUUUAUAUAAUAUUCUGGCAUCAACCAGGCAAAGUCCGGACACUCUCCAGGUUUAAUAAUACAAGUGUUUUAAAAAUAUUGUUGAACAGAAAUCAACAAUAUUUAAUGGCAUUUCUCAAAAGAAUUUAGGAAAUAUUCCAGUUCCAAUUUGGUUGCCCUUUAGCAGAGCUAUUGUUGUCAACUCCGCUGCCAGACUGGCCUAAAUCUUUCGACUUCGAUUUGGAAAAACGCACUUAUGACAAAGCACUUCUAAACUUCUUUGGAACCUCUCCUAGUAGAUGGUUUGUUUAACGACAAUUUUUACCUGAUAUAACCUGCUCCUAGCUCAGGUUUCUUGUUUCCAGCAGGCAGUUUUUUUUGAUACGUGAAAUUUGUCUAUUAGGAGCACAGCCUUUUCAUUUUCAAAAUGUAAGUGUUGAAAGAUAAAAUCCUCAAUGUAUUGUUGGUUGAUGGAUCGUUGAAUUCCCUCGAACUGUCGAAAAAUGUGUUUUUUGGGUGUAAAAAAUGUUAUUUCCGUAAAAAUUCAUCAUGAUUUUGUUGAAGCAUGUAUGCAAAGAGGACGCUAACCUGCCAAUUUCUUUGCACGUCUGUUUUCUUUUUUAUGUCCUCUCUUGUUCUCCUCUUUGUCCUUCUUUUAAUAGUUUAAAAUGUUGGUAAUUGUAAAAGGAUGCAUUGAAAAAGAAAUUUUAAAAAUAUGACCGCUUAGGAUUUUUUGUUUAAAAAUAAUUACUCCUAAAAUGAUCUGAUUUAGCUAAAUUAAGAUUGCUAUGAUUUUAUUCAUGAUUCAUCACCGCAUAACCUCACUACUCUGGAUUGGGUCUGAAUUGGACCAAAUUUUGCAAUAAGGAACCACUAUUUCUGACUCAUUUUAGAAACAGCAUAUAUGCCAUUUGUUUCCUUAUGCAGAAAGGUGCUUUUACUGAAGAGCCAGAGAUAGUGGUUCCUUAUUGCAUAAUGUAAUCCAAUUGAUCUCUGGAUGCAGAUGCUUUUUAAUUGUUCUUCAUGAAGUUUGCUCAUAAGUUCUGUUCUAAGGGUAGGUAUCUUUAGUUUUUUGAGGGUUGUUUUUAUGUUUUGAACGAACUUCUACCCGCACUGAAUAAAUAGUGCUCAAACUGCAGCAAUGUUUCUAUGAAUCUCAGUGUAAGUGCAUGACUAAGAUAAGCUAGGUUUUGACUUACUUAUCUCUGGCUCUUACUAUUACACUAUUGUAAAUUUUUAGCCCCCCUCCCCUCUCAAGAUCUCAGUUUAACUCAGUGAUGAGCUUUUAUUAAAUUUAUUUUUUUAUUAUUAUUUUUUAUCUUUGCGUGAACUUCUCUUUUUUCUAUAGUAUUGUUGUAUACUCUAAUGAGUGGAAAUAAUCUUCCAAGCAACUGGAAGAUUUGUCAGUUCGUCUUCGUGUAUAGUGCCUAAUGUUGAUUAGAAAUUUUAAUUAAACUUUGUCAAUUCUCA